AACUAAAGCUGAAUGUGUACAACGUCACAUGUUGUUUUGCUCUUCAGUUCAGUCACUCGCUCAUAUGUGUUAUUUACUGUGAAACUGUUACAGAUAUCGUAUGGAGAUCCGUGCGCCGAGGACGGAUUAGAGAGAAGAGGAGGUGGGAAAAGAAAAAAAAGACUGGGAAAAAAUAAAGCAGAAGAAGAGCGAGCGAUCGAGAAGAAGAGCGAGAGAAAGAGCGAUCCGCGGCGGAGACGCGCUGGAUUAUUUCUUGUUUACGACGAGGACAGACAGAAAAAAAAGUUAAAAAGUAAGGAGUUGGGAGUAAAAGAGGAUGGCGAGUCCGCCGACGGCUGGAGGGCCGUGCGCUAGCGCUACAGCUAAUAAUAACAACGUCAAGAAGUGCGGCUACCUGAGAAAGCAGAAGCACGGACAUAAACGCUUCUUCGUGCUGAAGGAGCAGAGCGACGGCUUCCCCGCCCGCCUCGAGUACUACGAGAACGAGAAGAAAUGGAGAAACAAGUCGGCGGCCAAGCGGGUGAUCCUGCUCGACUCGUGUCUGAACAUCAACAAGCGAGCAGACGCCAAGCACAAACACCUCAUCGCCCUCUACACCAAGGACGAGUACUUCGCCGUGGCCGCCGAGCACGAGCAAGAGCAGGAGGGCUGGUACGUCGCGCUCACCGAUUUGAUGAAUGAAGGCAAAGUGUACGAGGGCUCGGGGUCCGCCUCAGCCUCCUCCUCGCUGGCGGCCCUGGAGGAGAGCAGCUACGGGCUCAUCACGCCGGCUAACGCUGCGUACAAGGAGGUAUGGCAGGUCACCCUGAAAUCCAAAGGGCUGGGGCAAAGUAAAAAUUUAACCGGGGUCCACAGGCUGUGCCUUUCGAGCAGGUCCAUCAGUUUUGUCAAGUUGAAUUCCGACAGCCCUUCGGUUAGCUUGCAGCUGAUGAACAUUAGGAGGUGUGGGCACUCGGACAAUUUCUUCUUCAUUGAAGUGGGCAGGUCUGCCUCGACAGGACCUGGCGAGUUGUGGAUGCAAGCCGAUGACUCUGUGGUGGCACAGAAUAUCCACGAGACCAUCCUGGAGGCCAUGAAAGCCAUGAAAGAGCUGUCCGAGUUUAGACCCAGGAGCAAGAGCCAGUCGUCCGGUACCAACCCCAUCUCUGUGCCUACCAGGAGGCAUUUCAAUAACCUGCCCCCCAGCCAGACUGGGCUGCCCAGGCGUUCCAGGACGGACAGCAUGGCGGCCACCUCGCCUGCCAGUAAGUUUACCUCUAGCCGUAUGCGGACCGCCAGCGAAGGGGAUGGCACCAUGAGCAGACCGUUAUCUGUGACGGGCAGUCCGAUCAGCCCCUGCACUAUAGCACCUCUCGGCCGCUCCAACACUGUCACCACCAGACCGUCGAGGGCGAUCCACACCAACUCGCUCCAGCACAGCAAGUCCAUGUCGAUGCCGGUGUCUCAUUCGCCGCCCUCGGCUGCCAGUCCGGUGAGCCUGUCGUCGAGCAGUGGGCACGGGUCGGCAUCGGACACCAUUCAGCGGCCGUCUAGUGCCAGUGCCUCGGUUUCCGGGUCACCGAGCGACGGCGGGUUCAUGUCCUUUGACGAGUACGGAUCCAGCCCGGGCGAUGUGCGACUUUCGGUGGGGAACCGGAGCAACACGCCCGAGUCCAUCAGCGAGACGCCGCCGUACCGGGAGAGUGGCGAUUGUUGUGGCUACAUGACCAUGGACAGGCCGCCGAGCGCUCUGUUCCAUCCGAGUUUCAGGCAGGCUUCCAAAGACGAACUUUUGGAUUCCAGCAAAGGUUACAGGAAGAGGACCUAUUCCCUGACGACGCCACUGCAGCAGAAGGCGACGCCGCACGUGUCGUCCGCCUCUCUGGACGAGUACACGCUGAUGAGAGCUACAUAUACCAGCAGCAACUCGGGCCAUCAAUCAUGCGCAGCCUCACCCAAGGUCACGUAUCCGGAAGAUUAUGGAGAUAUUGAAAUUGGGCCACAGAAGAGUUCGAGCAGCACUCCUUGUGCCGAGAAUGGCUACAUGCUGAUGUCGCCCGGAGUGGCGCCAAGUUUAAACCGCAACAACAACUAUGUGCCCAUGAGUCCCACUAGUGUCUCUGCGCCGAAACAAAUCAUCAACCCACGCUCUCACUGUCCGGUGGAUGGGAGCAGACAUCGGACCCAUUCGCCCGGUAGCUGCUCUCUUGACGACAACGGGUACAUGAGAAUGUGGUGCAGUUCCAAGCUCUCCGUCGAAAGCCCGGACGGGAAGCUGACCAACGGCGACUACAUGAACAUGUCGCCUAUCGAUCACUGUGUUUCUCUCACCCCGCCGGACUACUUUUUAAGCGACUUACCAAAAACUUCCUAUUCGUUUAACUCGCUGCCUCGGUCCUACAAGAGUCAGACUUGCAAAAAUGGGGACAGCGACCAGUACGUGAUGAUGAACUUGCAGAACCAGAUGAUUCUCGAGGAGUCUGGUUUCUGUACGAGGAGUGCCACUUCUGUGGUGACGAACCACCUGGCGCCCUCACCGGUGCGGCAAAACAGAAGUGACUGCUUGGGCCCUCGGGGAAGAGCCAACCGGCCCACCAGGCUGUCAUUGGACACCUUGAUGACUUUGCCCAGUAUGAAUGAGCAUCCGCUCCCACCGGAACCCAAGAGCCCGGGUGAAUAUAUCAACAUAGACUUUAGCGAAAGCACCAGGGACUCGCCCCCCAUUUCAUCCACAGGAAGCCCUUCGUCCUCCCUCGGGUCCACUCACGGCCAGCGGACGUCUCCACUGUCACACUACAUGAACCUCGAUUUGAGCACACAGUCGCCCAGAUCUGGGAACACCCCUGUGGAUGCUAUGAAUGUGAUGUCUAACUUGCCAUGCUCUUGCACAAACCAGCCAGAGGACAUGUACCUCAAAGCGCAGAUCGGACCCGUUUGUCUCUCUGGCCCCGCGAUGGACGACUACACGGACAUGACGUUCGGAAUGAGAAACGCACCCGCGCAACCUCUCUCGCAAACCACAGAAAGUGCCCAAACCACCAGCCCCACCAGCGGCGUCCAGAGAUUAAGUCUGAUGGAUCAGAUGUCCGGUCUAGAAACGUUCAUCUUGCCCAGCUUACCCCCGGAUCCGGACAGGGGGGCGAAGGUGAUCCGGGCGGACCCCCAAGGACGGCGGCGCCACAGCUCGGAGACCUUCUCGUCCACCACCACCGUCACGCCCGUCUUUCCUUCUUUUGCACACGAUCCCAAGAGACACAGCUCUGCCUCCGUGGAAAACGUCUCUCUCAGGAAAAGCGAGGGAUCCGACGAGGAGUACGGUAGCCCCAUGUGCCGGGAGACCUCGGCGGGCUUUCAGAACGGGCUCAAUUACAUCGCUUUGGACCUGAUGGACGAGAGCCUGGGAAGCUGCGACAGCGUCCUGAGACUGAAGAGCACACAUUGCUUCAAAGCUGGCAUGGAUGCCAGCCCUUAUGCCAGUCUAGGCUUCUUAAAGGAAGCGACAACAGCUGCUGCUAAAGAUUGAGCCGGACGGGACUCCACGCUGUCCCACAGAGCUGCUCGGAGUGGAGGUCUGAACACUCGCUGCUAAAAGGUUUACACUUUUUUUUUUUUUCUCUUCCCCCAAACCACGGUGAGGGGGCUGCUCCAGUCGGGACCCCCGCAGGUACGCCUCACCUCACAACCCCAAAUCGGGAGCCAUCACCUCGCUGCUGUCCAGGAACGGACAAAACGGACUGACGACUCGGGACUUUUCCCUUUUUACUUCUCUUUGCGGCUGACUCGAAAGCUUUUUUCAUGUUUGGAAAUAUAUAUAUAUUUUUCUUUUCUUUUUGGGAGUUUAAUUUCCACAACAAACCUGGACUCGAUGCGGUCGAAGCUUCACCUUCUUUUGGACUGCGUGAGCAGUAAAUGCUGCGGAGGUCAAAUGGCACGUGCUGCGGCUCCGUCAACAGGAUCUUUGGACAAAUGCGAUGAAUCGGAUUCUGCUCACAGCCCUACCUCAAAGAAAAAAAAAAUUCCUAAAAAAUAGACAAGCCAGGUUAGCAUUUCAAUAAGAAAAGGACUUUUUCUAUUAAAGCGGAAACAAAUAAUAAUAAUAAUAAUAAUGAUAAUAAUAAUAAUUGAAAUGGAAUGAAAGACUGCUGCGACCAAUCCAAAGCCUUACUGACCUUCUCACGUCGUGUUUUCUACGGAUCUAGUGUUGGAUUUCCAAGAAUUCAAGGAAUACAAAAAAAAAAAUCAAUAUACUGAAUGUUUACUAAAAGUAACACAAAAUAAUAAUUUUUUUAGAUGAAUGUUUAGUUGACAGAUUGAUGUUCUGUAUUAUUAUUAUUAUUCUUUUUUUUAAAUUUUUGAACACUUCGCACACUUUCAAACAAGGAAAAUCACCAAAAAGACGACGCGUGGCCGGACACACGACAUGCGCAUGCACGCCCUCCGUCCUUUUUUUUUUUUUUACCUCCAUUGUUAUUUCACGAGGGGGUGUUAAAAGGAAAUCUCUGUGACUCUGUGUUUUAUUUUUGGAUGUGAGUGGGGGGUCGUCUUCUGAAUGCUGCGAAUUUUGCCCCUCUUCUAUUUAUCAUUUCUCGGCGAGGUCUCCUGGUGCGAUCGGCAGCACAAAACGGAAUUCAACUUCCCGCUUGGAUCGAUCGCAAGGAGGCGCGCUCCGGUCCGAUCCUGUUCAGCUGCGCGCGUGCGCACGUGUAUGUUGUGCGUGCGCGCGCGCGCGUCUAUGUGUGCGUGAGCGCGUUUGAAUCCCCGCCCUCCCCAGUGACCAUCGCUUCUUGGCUUCCUGCCUGAUGAAAGUGCGCACGAAUGCGCGCGGCUUCAUUUCCUUCACUUGUAGAACGUAACACAAGACGCUUUUGAAUGUAGAGCUUUUUUGAUUUGAUUUUAUUCUUUUUUUAAUUUUGUUUUGUGCAAUUCACUGGAGUAACUUAAUUAUUAUUCUAAUAGCGACAUGAAUGCAUUGACCGGGUUGGACAUUUUUGGUCUGAGGUCAUUUUUCGGAUGCAUUGCCUAAUACUGUACAUAUAGUCGAGAGAGCGGAUCACUGUAAAUAGCGAACGGCCGGAUCCCUGGUGCAAGUACGGUACCUACUGAGCUCGGGUUCGACAAGAUGGACCUGGACAGCCUCAACACUGUAUUUAAAAUAGAAACACGCCACUAAAUGAAAUAGUUUUAUAGCAAUUCUGUAAUUUAAAAGAAAACGAAGAAGAAGAAAAAAAAGAAACCUAAUCUUGAUAAAUUAUUCUAGAAAUUUCUGCUAUGAAGGUACAUUUCACCGAUGGCAUAUGCAAUAUUGACAUUUUUUAAAAUUUAGUUUACAGAAUGAAACUAAGUGUAUAAAAAUGGUGUUAAUAUGUUUGCUAAUAAUGAAUAUUUGCUGUUUGUACAUUAUUUUCUGCCAAGAUUCAAUGAGGAGAAAACAAUAGUUUUUUUUUUUUUUGCUAUAUGAUUCUAACAGUAAUUAAGACAGUGUUUUCAGUAAUUGUAUAUCUUAUUGUAUCGAUAUCAAAAGAUUAAAUAUAAGAGGCCUAAUUUAUCUUUGUGUCUUCCAUUGUAUAUACUUCAUAUAAUGUUAAUUGUGAUGCUACCGGAGAAUCUGAGAAAUAAAUGAAUUAAAGUAGUCUAGUAAAGUAUUGCUUCAGUCUGUAUUGAUUAUCGAUCGCCAUAUGCAAUAAAAGACGUUAUUUAAGAAAAGGAA